AUCUCCACUGGGUUGUCUCAGAGUCGAGUCUUCACUUGGAUAGCAUAGGGCAGGUAGAAGCUCACAUGAGGCUUGAACCUGCGAGCCUACCAGCUUAUGGCGUUUUAAUUAUAGAAAGCGACCUGAUUUCAGCACCGCAGCGACUUAACAGUUCCAGCACAGUACAUUUUAAACCUCCUUUAGCGCCACUGGAGUAACAGGCGCUGCCUCGAACAGGACGACGUUAGAGUAGCAGACCAAACACAAGCUAUCAAAACGGAGCUGUCCACAAAAAAUAUAUACGUCGCUCUUAAACAGCGUAGUUUCAAUUUAUCUUGAAGAAAAAAAACAGGAGUUUAUCUCCUGGGAAUAAGAAAAAACAGAAACUACAGUUUAUUUAAGGAUGGCGUCAAAGUGCUUGGGAAUUUUCUUCUUCAUCCAGAUUUUCGCUCUAACUAUAAACCACAGUAUUGCUUUCCCCAAACCUUCCGUGACCGACGAUGAAACAAUCUACAAUAGACAACUGAGCGAGGAAAGACCACUGCAAGAGCAGAUUGCAGUAGCAGACAGAAUCAACAAAGCUGGAUCCACAAAAGAAAAGCAAGAACAUAAACCAACAGAGGCAGAAAUAGACCGGGACAAUGACGAUUUCAGCAUGCUCAAGUCCUUAGCAGAGAGAUCAAAGGACUCAGACAAUGAGACGCCCAAUGCAGAAGCACUUGAUGUUCAGUAUUUCCCUGACGACGCCGAUUCAACCAAGAACAGACGGCUGGCAGAGGACUAUGACUCCACAAAGAAUGGCAUGGACUACAGGUACCAAGAUGAACCAGAUAGUUUCCACCAGCUGGAUGGUACUCCUCUGACAGCAGAGGACAUUGUCCAGAAGAUCGCCACCAAAAUAUACGAAGAGGAUGACAGACGGGUGUUUGACAGGAUUGUGUCAAAACUGCUUAAGCUCGGGCUGAUUACAGAUAGCCAGGCUGACACUCUUGAGUAUGAGGUAGCUGAAGCCCUGCAGGACUUAAUUAGCAAGAAUGCCAGGAAUAACGAGAUCGAGGACCUCAGCAUGGACUACCCCAUCUCCAGAGCCGAAGACGUCGAGCAGAACCCAGACAUGAACUUGGAAGUGUCAGAAAAGCCAAGGAAGAGGUAUGAGGAAGAGGAGGUUGAUGAAGAUAGUGAUGACACUGUGAACAAUGCAUGGGAUACCCCUAAUGAGGUGGACCGUAGAAAUGACCUGAGACCCGAUGAGGAUAUGGAGGACCUGGAGUACUUCCCCAACUUCUACAACCUCCUCAAGAGCCUUGAUUCAGAGCAAGAUGCUGAAGAAAGAGAAACUCUAAUCACUAUCAUGAAGACCCUUAUCGACUUUGUGAAGAUGAUGGUCAAAUAUGGCACCAUCACACCAGAGGAAGGAGUGUCCUACCUGGAAAACCUGGAUGCCAUGAUUGCCCUUCAGACAAAGAACAAACUGGGAAAGACACUGACGCCAGACAGCAAGCCGCCCACAGAGAAGGUGACCGAUGAGGAGGACAACACAAAGGAGGAGGCAGCCAAGAUGCAGAGGGAGUACGAAUCGCAGAAGGACUCCACCAAGGAUGACCAGACCGUCGUUGAGCCUGCCCACACUGGGAAGUCCGAGACCUACUUGGAGGCAAUCAGAAAGAAUAUUGAGUGGCUCAAAACCCAUAACAAGGAUGGCAACAAGGGGGAUUAUGACAUUUCCAAACUGAGGGACUUCAUGGACCAGCAGGUGGACUCCUACAUUGAAAAGGGCAUCCUGGAGAAAGAUGAAGGCGAGAUCAUAAAGAGGAUCUACGGCAGCCUGUAGACUCAGCUAACCCAAAAGCAGCAAACCAGAUAUAAUUGUGUAUGUAGAGAAAAAAAUUAAAUGAUCGAAAUAAAUAAAACGUGUCUCACAUUCACAAUGAAUGCCCCCAACAAAGACACACUGUUGGCUAAAAUUCAGAGAGAGGUCUGCAAUACAAGUCUGCAAGACACCUCUAAAAAAGCAAUAGCCUGUAAAUGGCAGCAAUAGGUGACACUAGAUAAGACCAGAAACAUGUUGUAGUUUUAUGCUACUUACAUAUAUACAAGGAAUGAAAACCCUGACCAUUGGUUUUCCAGUGUAGCUCUGGAAAAGUAAACAACUGCAUCACAAUGACCUAAAGGAUGAACCCAGAAGAAUUGUAAAUUGCUUGAUUAGAUGACAGGCUUUAGCUUUUGCAUCUCUUACUGCGCAAUAGACUUUUACUUAAAAAGCACAUUGAAAUGUAGUCACGAUAACCUGUUUUGUGAAUCAUUACAUCAAUUGUUUUCUGUGUGCAAGACCUGUUUUAAAGCUUUUGAUUCUACCAAAAAAACAUUGUCAGUCAACAUUACUGUUCUAGUUCCAUUUAACCAGGCAUGGACAACUUCCUUCUCACUCAGUCUACAAUUGUCUAUAAAUUUACAGUAUUUAUUUAUUUUAUUUUAUAUUUCACCCAGCUGAUAACCCAUGUUCUGAUAACCUGCAAUGGUCAGAUUAGAAAUCACCUGGCCUAGGGUAUCGGGUAUAAAUGAGUUUAUAAAUGAUUAUAAAUAGUGACACCAUAGGAGUCUAGCCAGCUAAGACAGUAAAUUGCCCAUCCCUACAUUUGAUUCACAAAUCCAGGGAAUGUCAGAAUUACAAUGAGCCAUCUGGCUUGUUCCUUACUUUCUGCUUCUUACUUUUGCUUUUCACUCUGUCUGCAUGUGUUACAAAUUUUAAACUGUGCACCUGAAUGUUGGGAGUCCAAUGAAGUAUUUUUAAAUGUAAAUGCCAACUUUUUCAGAAUGUAAAAGCAAUUAAAAGCAUUUCCUUUCUUUAA